CACAGAGAGAAAGAAUAUUGAAAAGGGGGAGAGAGGAGAGAGAAGAGAGGAGAGAGAGAGGGAGAGGAGAAAGUUCCCGUUGCUACGUCGAUGACGGUUAGGGUUUCCUGUUGAUCCGACCAAACUUAAUUCCUUUUACUGUAAUUGUUUUCCUUCUCAUUCUCCUUCUCCUCAAAACCCUAAUUUGAAGGCCCCCCGAGAUUGAGUAUGCUGUUUUUGCUUUGAAUUUUGAGGAGCUGUGAUGGGAGCGCCAGAGAAGUCACAGGCUAAUACUAAUUCGAUGCAGCGUGUUAAGGUCUACCGUCUGAAUGAUGAUGGGAAAUGGGAUGACCAGGGUACUGGACAUGUCACUGUUGAUUAUUUGGAGCGAUCAGAAGAGCUGGGCUUAAUUGUUUAUGAUGAAGAAGACAAUGAGACCAUACUUUUGCAUCGCAUCAGUUCUGAUGAUAUUUACAGGAAGCAAGAAGAUACAAUCAUCUCAUGGAGAGAUCCGGAAUAUGCUACUGAACUGGCACUUAGCUUUCAAGAGAGUAGCGGGUGCUCUUACAUAUGGGACCAUAUUUGUACUGUGCAGAGGAAUAUGAUUUUUAGUUCUUUAAAUAAUGAGUCAUUCCACAGUGUUAACAGUGAGUUAAGGGAGUUGCCUGCUGUUGAGCUAUCAACACUUCCUUUGAUUCUUAAGACUCUGGUUGACAGUGGCAUUGCAGAUCAGUUGCGGCUUACGGAAUUAAUAUUAAGUGAUAAAGAUUUUUUUCUGAAGCUAAUGGAAGUAUUCAGAGUUUGUGAAGACUUGGAGAAUAUGGAUGGCCUUCACAUGAUUUUCAAAAUACUCAAAGGGAUCAUUUUGCUUAAUAGUCCAUCAAUUUUCGAGAGAAUUUUUAGUGAUGAACUUAUAGUGGACGUUAUUGGUGCCCUUGAGUAUGAUCCAGAGGUUCCUUGUGUUCAGCAUCAUCGUAAAUUCUUGAAGGAGCAUGUUGUUUUUAAGGAGGCCAUACCUAUAAAAGAUCCUAUUGUGUUGUCGAAGAUACACCAGACAUAUAGAGUUGGUUUUUUGAAGGAUGUUGUUUUGGCUAGAGUCUUGGAUGAGGCUACUGGUGCAAAUCUUAACUCCAUAAUACAUGCAAACAAUGCCUUUGUUCUUUCUCUAUUGAAAGACGACACUACAUUUAUCCAGGAGUUGUUUGCUAGGUUAAAAUCGCCUGCCACCUCUCAAGAAUCAAAGAAGAACUUGGUCUAUUUUUUACAUGAGUUUUGUAGUUUAAGCAAGAGCUUACAGAUGGUGCAGCAGCUUCGGCUUUUUAGGGAUCUAAUGAAUGAAGGCAUCUUUGACAUUGUCACUGAUGUUUUGCAAAGUCAAGACAAGAUGCUUGUGCUAACUGGAACAGAUAUCCUCAUUCUCUUCAUGAAUCAGGAUCCUAAUCUUCUGCGAUCCUUUGUUGUUCGGCAGGAAGGAAUAACACUUCUAGGACUUUUGGUUAAAGGAAUGAUAACAGAUUUUGGAGAGAACAUGCACUGUCAGUUUCUUGAGAUUCUUCGCAGUUUAUUGGACUCAUGCACGUUGUCUGGACCACAGAGGGACACAAUUAUUGACAUCUUCUUUGAUAAGCAUUUGGGUCAACUUAUCGAAGUUAUAAUAGCAUCUUGUCCUUCAGAAAAUAUUGUCGAUGCAAGUGGCAAAUCACUAGGUCCUGGACGAAGAGUUCAGUGUCGGAGUGGGACAAAGCCGGAGAUACUAUCAAACAUAUGUGAAUUGCUAUGCUUUUGCGUCCUACAUCACCCAUACAGAAUAAAGUGCAACUUUCUUCUUAAUAAUGUCAUUGAAAACAUUUUGCUACUGACACGGAGAGCAGAAAGAUACUUAGUUGUUGGUGCUGUCCGGUUCAUUCGAACUAUUCUCUCCCGCCAUGAUGAGCAUCUGAUAAAUUAUUUUGUUAGGAAUAAUGUUCUCAAACCGAUUGUAGAUGCUUUUGUUGCUAAUGGCAAUCGCUACAAUCUACUCAAUUCUGCUGUUCUUGAACUUUUUGAGUACAUUCGGAAGGAAAAUCUGAAAUUAUUACUGAAAUACAUAGUUGAUUCUUUCUGGGAGCAGCUGGUGAAAUUUGAGUAUUUGGUUUCUAUAAACUCACUGAAAGUAAAAUACGAGCAGGUAAAUCUUCACCUAGGUUUGAGAAUACAUGCUUGCUUGCAGUGUUUGGAUAGUGGUGGGACAAAAGAUGCUGCUACUGUAAUGGACCUUCGAAGACGAAUUGAUGAGCGUGCUCUGGAUAAAGAGGAGGAACGCUACUUCAAUGAGGACAGUGAUGAGGAGGAUAUAGCCUCCGCAUCUGCUGUUCCAUGUAAUGAGAAAGGACACCAACAACCCAUUCUAUCCAAUGGAGUCGCUGCAAGCAAUUCACAGUUAAGUCCAAGGUCUCUUGUUGACUAUGAUGAUGAUGAGGAUGAUGAAGACUACAAGCCACCACCAAGGAAGCAGCCAGAAGCAUCUGAGGAGGAUGAAGGGACAAUGGAGUAUCUCAGGCUAAAAAGGAAAUUGCCUUCAAAGGAUAUGGAGCCUGAACUUGUGAAGAAGCAGAAGUUAUCAAAGAAUCCAAAGGCUAGAGGUAGUGUUUUUGCUGCCUUGUGUUCAACACUGAGCCAAACUGGGCUACCUGGUAAGAAAACUGCAAUCAACAUUCAUACAGGUGCUCGAACAGUUGAGGGAAGGAUGGGCUCAAAUGAAGACAACAAUCAGGAAGAGGGGCAAAAUGUUUCUAGAAGCAGCUCUAAUAAUUGCAUCACAUCAGCUGAAGAUAACCAUGUAGAGAAAGAAACUGCAGCCUCUAGAAGCUUUUCUGAUUGCUUGCAUGCCACAUCAGAUAACAUACAGUUGGGUGGAGAGGAACGUCCAUUAGUUCCCCCAAAAUCCUCAACAGAGAUGGCUGUAAAUGGAUCGUGAAUUUUUAGAAUCCUUAGGCAGGAAGGCAGAUUGUUCUAUUUGACGUAUGGAUUUUGCCCGGUGGCCAAAGCUAUAUAGCUUUGAGACAAAGGAAUUUUACCUACAAGGAGGUAAAUUUCUGGUUAUGCGUUGCUUCGAGGACCCAAGGAGAUAUUGUACAGUGCCACUAUAAGGCGGGAAGAUAUUAUUAAAUACGGCAACGUGGGUGGGUCUAGUCUUCUCCUAUCCUUCAGUCUGCUAUAUUGGGCUUUGAGCUUUGACUUGUUGCUUUUGUAUAACAUUCUUGAGCAAUAAUUUUGUGUAUUUCCCCCAUUCCAAAUUUUACAUCGUCCAGCUCAUUUACUUACGUAGUUUCCGCCGGCGGAUCCAGGGUGCUGGUGGGGGUGGAUCAUAUUAUCGUAAUUCUUAAUUAUUUUAACUUGGUGAUAGAGGGCGCUAAUAUCUUGCCCUACUCAGGCUUUCUUGUGUUUUUGUCCCCUUUUUUCUGGUGGUGGAUGUGUUAAUAGGGAUAUGUGCAGUGAGUUUCUAGGCCAAUUUUUCACAAUCAUCACCCGUUGUAAAUCUCAAUUAAACUUGUUACGUAUGCAAUGAACUUUUCAUGCACUUCUUCCACGUGCUAAAUACUUCCUCACUUAAGAGUUGGCAAUGUAAAAAUUCCAU